AUGACAGUGAAGGCAGGAGAACUUCUUGAAAUAGGCAAAGACAUUCUCCUGCACCCUGACCACACCUCUAUUGGAGUUUCAGUGCUGUUCCUGGGCCUUCAGCGCCUGGGCCUGGGCGGGGCCGACUGCGAGGCCGAUGCUGAGGGCGACGGCGAGCUGGAGGGCGAGCUGGAGGGCGAGGCCGAGGCCGAUGGCGAACUGGUCGGUGACGGCGAGCUCGACGGCGAGCUGGAGGGCGAGCUGGAGGCUGAGGCCGAGGCCGAUGGCGAACUGGUCGGCGAGCCGGUGGCAGAGGCUGAAGCCGAUGGCGAACUGGUCGGCGAGCUGGUGGCAGAGGCUGAAGCCGAUGGCGAACUGGUCGGCGAUGGCGAGCUAGAGGGCGUGAUGGUGGCUGAGGCCGAGGCCGAUGGAGAACUGGUCGGCGAGCUGGUGGCAGAGGCUGAAGCCGAUGGCGAACUGGUCGGCGAUGGCGAACUGGUCGACGAUGGCGAGCUAGAGGGCGUGAUGGUGGCCGAGGCUGAAGCUGAUGGCGAACUGGUUGGCGACGACGAGCUGCUGGGCGAAGCAGAGCUCGAGGGCGAGGGCGUGCCCGAUGGAGAGGACGAGGGCGAACUGGAGGGUGUCGAGGACGGCGUGGGCGAGUUGGAGGGCGUCGAGGACGGCGUGGGUGAGUUGGAGGGCGUCGACGACGGCGAGGGCGAGUUGGAGGGCGUGGACGACGGUGUGGGCGAGUUGGAGGGCGUUGAAGACGGCGUGGGCGAGCUCGUAGGCGAGGGCAUCAAGGCGCGGACCGACACGUUGUCGAUGUACCACCAGCAGCAUUCAUGA